GUGAGCGCGCCGGGCUGGCAAGGAUUAGGUCACGUGGCUGUGUUGGUGACGUCAGCGGAGGUGGGCCGAAGCAAGAUGGCGGUGGGGAUCUGAGUUGGAGGGAAGGGGAGGAAGCCGAGCGCCACUGUCCGCCGAAUGUUAUAGGGCGAUGGCCUCCGCUGGAGAAGUUAGCGGGGAAGCAGCGAGCUGCGGUGACCCUUCGUAAAAAAUGGAUAUGAAACUUUUCCCCAAAACCUGGAUUUAUGAAAAGUACAAUAUGCCGAAUUGUACUUGGAAGAGCCAUCGGGCAAAAUGUCAGAGUGACUGACAACAUGGGAGCAAACACCUCAAACUACCCUCACUCGUGUUCCCCAAGGGUAGGGGGCAACUCGCAGACUUUUAUAGGAACAUCAUCUUACUCUCAUCAAGGCUAUGGCUAUGAAUCAAAAUUGUACAGCCUUGAUCAUGGUUAUGAAAAACCACAGGACAAAAAAAAGAAAACGUCUGGCCUUGCUACACUUAAAAAGAAGUUUAUUAAACGGCGUAAAUCUAGCCGGUCAGCUGAUCAUGCCAAGCAAAUGCGAGAAUUGCUGUCGGGUUGGGAUGUCAGAGACGUGAAUGCACUUGUGGAAGAAUAUGAGGGCACAUCAGCCUUAAAAGAGCUUUCAUUGCAAUCAAAUUUGGCAAGACCAGAAGCCAGGACUUUGCAGAAAGAUAUGGCUGAUCUUUAUGAAUUCAAGUACUGUACAGAUGUUGAUUUAAUAUUCCAGGAAACAUGCUUUCCUGUACAUCGUGCCAUAUUGGCAGCAAGAUGUCCAUUUUUUAAGAAGUUGCUUUCAUCUUCCCCUGAAUAUGGAGCUGAGAUUAUUAUGGAUAUAAAUACUGCUGGUAUAGACAUGCCUAUGUUCUCUGCCCUUUUACACUACCUUUAUACAGGGGAGUUUGGCAUGGAGGAUUCCAGAUUCCAAAAUGUAGAUAUCCUUGUGCAGCUAAGUGAAGAAUUUGGCACACCAAACUCUUUGGACUUUGAUUUGCGUGCAUUGUUUGAUUAUAUGUGCUCCUAUGAUGCAGUCCUCCGCUUUUCUUCAGACUCUGAGAUGGUGGAAAGAUUUGGAGCACAAAGUUGCCUGGAAGAUGAGCUCAGAGCUCACAAAGCGGUUCUUUCAGCUCGAUCUCCAUUCUUCCGUAAUUUACUGCAAAGGCGAAUAAGGACAGGAGAAGAAAUUACAGACCGAACAUUAAGGACUCCGACUCGGAUUAUUUUGGAUGAGUCCAUAAUACCAAAAAAAUAUGCAAAGGUUAUUUUGCAUUGUAUGUAUACAGAUAUAGUUGACCUGUCCUAUGUCUUGCACUGCAGUCCAUCAAUUGGGAGCUUAAGCGAAGUUCAGGCUCUGGUAGCUGGAAAGCCCAACAUGACUCGGGCUGAAGAAGCGAUGGAGCUGUAUCACAUAGCACUGUUCUUAGAAUUUAACAUGCUAGCACAAGGCUGCGAAGACAUAGUCGCUGAGAGCAUCUCUCUGGACACACUUAUCACCAUCUUAAAGUGGAGCGCUCAACCAUAUGGUUCCAACUGGGUUCAACGACAAGCCUUGCAUUUCCUCUGUGAGGAGUUUAGCCAGAUCAUGAUUUCGGAUGUUUUCUAUGAACUGAACAAAGAUCACUUGAUAAAUGUAAUCCAGUCUGACUAUCUUCAGGCAAGUGAGCAUGACAUACUUAAAUAUCUUAUUAAGUGGGGUGAAUAUCAGCUGAUGAAAAGGAUAGCCGACAGAGAGCCUAACUUACUGAGUGGCACAGCUCAUAGUGUAAACAAGCGAGGUGUGAAAAGGAGAGACCUUGAUACUGAAGAGUUAAGAGAAAUCCUAUCUCCACUGUUACCGUUUGUACGCAUCGAGCACAUUCUCCCGCUGAACAGUGACAUACUAAGUGACCCUAUGAAGCGAGGCCUAAUAAGCACCCCUCCUACAGACAUGUUGCCAACUUCAGAAGGAGGAAAAUCAAACUCUUGGUUACGGCAAAAGAAUGCUGGAAUUUAUGUUCGCCCUCGAUUGUUUUCUCCAUAUGUAGAAGAGGCCAAGUCAGUACUUGAUGAGAUGAUGGUAGAACAGACGGAUUUGGUUCGUUUGAGGAUGGUUCGAAUGUCCAAUGUCCCAGACACUCUCUACAUGGUGAACAAUGCAGUACCUCAGUGCUGUCACAUGAUUAACCACCAGCAGAUGAGCAACAGCCAGGCAGUCCCUCCUACUGUUGUGGCAAAUGAAAUACCAGUUCCCCCUGUUCAUGUGUUGAAAGAAAUGAUACGGCGGCUCCAGGAACUUCGUCUUACUGAGCAGGUUCAGCGGGCAUAUGCCUUAAACUGUGGGGAAGGUGCUACGGUCAGUUAUGAAAAUCAGAUACGAGUUUUGAGAGAGUUUGGUCUUUCAGAUGCAGCAGCAGAAUUAUUACAGAAUCCUCACAAGUUCUUUCCUGAUGAGCGUUUUGGGGAUGAAAGUCCACUUCUAACCGUGCGGCAGUCUGGAAGAUGCCGGAUAAAUAGUACUCCUGCUGUUGAAACAAUGUUUACCGACAUAGACCCUUAUGUGGCCUUCCAUCCUCCACUGCCCCCACCACCACCACCUUACCAACCACCAGCAGCUCCUAUGCAUAAUCAGUUCAAAUCUGGUUGGAAGCAUCGAGUACCCAGCCAGCAUCCCUCCCGCUCUUUUUCUUACCCCUGCAACCAUUCGCUGUUUCACUCACGGACAAUCCCAAAAGCCACACCUCCCACCUACUUACCAGGAUCGAAAGCAGUUCCACCUGAUUGUACGAACAAUACGGGACUUGGGAGGCAAACGGUGGCGGCAGCAGCAGCAGCAAUGGCAGCAGAACAGCAAGUGUGUGGUGAGCCGAUUCUAAAUGAGUUCAUGCCGGAUAUUGCAAUGGGCGUGUCCACCAUGACACUAAAAGACAGAAGAUUGCCUGAACUAACGGUGAACACACAGCUCAGCCAGCAAGUGUCAGAGUUAAUGCCUGGCCCUCUGCCACACAUUUCAUGUAUUUCAGCCCGGCACAUGCACAGCUCAAGGAAGAAACAAAAUGUAGAGCAAAAAAUGGAGGCAAGAGAAAGCCAAACGGAGUAUCCAGACUUUUAUGAUUUUUCAAAUUCGGCAUGCAGGCCAUCUACCCCAAUCCCCAGUAGGCAUUCCACUGUUCCCUCCCAAGGAGGUAUUUAUUUUGGUCCUGAUUUGUACAGCCACAGUAAGCUGCCAUCAAGUAGCUUAAAAUCUGCUUAUCGCUCAAGCCAGAUUUCCCCUAAAAAGCAAGAGGACUUGAGGAGAGAGUAUAUGUUUUCCCAAGACAGUCAUUCACACAGGAAAAAAAAUGAACCGUUACACCUUGAUGUCUUAGAACAGCCUCCACAGCGAUUAGAUUUGGCUCUAGCUGCCCAGGAAAAUGCAAACCAUGGUCAUCACCACACAAGGGGAAGGACUAGAAUAGAAACUGAUCUAACUUACGGCCUGACCUCAAACAGACCUGCCUAUGGCUCUGAUAUACAGGAAGAGCGAUCCUUCAGAAGAAUCAUUGACAGCGAUUUAUUGGAUCACGGUGCACAAAGGAAUAUGGACCUUGAAAGAGAGGAUGCAGUAGGCAGAGAAAGGAGGUCUCCGAACAAACCAGACUUUCUCUACAAGAAGUCUGCUCUUUAAAAAUCACCUCUUGACUUCUCUGUGCCUAAAACGUGUGGAAUACUGAGCUGUGUCUUUGGGCAGGAUAGAUGACCCAUCAUUAUAACUCCAGUUUGCCCUAAUUUAAAUGAUUUAUUCGUUGCUGCAUGCGUUAGUUUCUAUCAGCACUGCAUCUGGUGAUUUUCUUUUGAAUAGGACCUUUUUUAAGUUGGCACCUUGAUCUUUUUACAGUUACAUGUUGCACCUGUGCAUUUUUACUUUCGUUUUUGUAGAGCGACAGUCCGUGAAACCCAUAUCUAUAUUUUUUUUUUUGACCGAUUUCUUUUUGUUUGUCGGUUAAUAAUCUCCAGUUUUCACUAUCCAGUCAGUAAAGCACUCUUUUCUUAAAUGAAGCAAAGUAUUUAUUUUUUAGUCCAGAAAUCCAAAGAAGACCAGAUAGGCAAACCUCAUUUUUCUGGGUUUGUAUGUGCAGUCUAAAACUCCAUCCUGAUGCAUGUUUGUUUUCUCUUGGGUCAGCCUGCAAGUGGCAGAAAUAUUGUCAGCCCCUGCUGCAAGUAUAAAUCCAUUAUUUAAAGUAGCAGAAUGUGGUCAUCACCGUUUUACCACGAUACACCCGGCGUAAUAUGAGAAAUAGUUUCUUUUUGAUGACUGGAUGUGCUUUCUAGCUUUGCAUGUUUGGGGCAGUUUUUCUUUUAGCAAUGCUGUUCCUGCCAUGUUAUUAUUUGUACAGGGUCGUUUUCUAUUUGAUAGACGUUUUUCUUUUAAAUGAAGUUACUGAGCCUA